CUAGCGACACGCCAGCGCAUGCGCGUCGAGGAAGAAACGCGAGCGCGCGCGAGAGAGAAAUGAAACAUGGCCACUGAGGCGAAACGCAGGAAGGCGGACGGGCCUUCAAAGUCUCGGCUGGUGGAAGAAGAAGAAGAAGAGGCGGAGGAGGAGGAGGAAGGCAGCGAAGACGGGGACUCCGAUUCGGAGCUGGACAGCGAUAGCGAAGAGGGCGACGAAGAAAUUAACGAGGAAGUAAACAUUGAAUUUGAAGCACAUACAGUAACUGAUGAUGAUAAAAAUGGAAUAAACAAAUUGCUACAACAGCUAUUUCUAAAGGCUCCUAUUAAUACAGGUAAUCUGACUGAUAUAUUGAUACAACAAAAUCACAUUGGAAGUGUUAUCAAGCAAACUGAAGUCACAGAGGAAAGUGAUGACGAAGAUAAUGAUGAGGUUUUUGGCUUUAUAAGCCUCUUAAAUUUAACAGAAAGGAAGGGUACUGAAUGUGCUGAGCAAAUUAAAGAACUGGUCUUAAGUCAGUGUGAAAAGAACUGUGAGCAGAAUGUGGUUGAGCAGCUGGAUAAGCUUUUAAGUGACACCACUAAGCCUGUGGGCUUCCUACUAAGUGAAAGAUUCAUUAAUGUUCCUCCCCAGAUUGCUCUGCCUAUGCACCAGCAACUGCAGAAAGAAAUAGUGGAAGCUCAGCGUACAAACAAACCUUGUGGCAAAUGCUACUUCUACCUUCUCAUCAGCAAGACUUACACGAAUAAGAAGAAUGCUAAAAAAAGAGGAAGUGGGACCCACCAGAAAACAGAGCUAAUGUUUUCCAAUGCCGAAGAAGAAUUCUUCUAUGAGCAAUCAGUGCUGAAAUUCAGUUACUCAGUAGAAGAAGAGAGUGAUUCGUGUUUGGGAGGCAGAUGGUCUUUUGAAGAUGCACCUAUGAAGCCCUUACGGACAGUGAUGGUCAUCCCUGCUGACAGGAUGAGUGCCAUCAUGGAGAAGUUGAAAGAAUACCUUUCCGUCUAGACCAUUUUCUAUGCAAACUGUAUUGAAGGAUGAAGUCAUAAGAUGUUGACAUUUGAGUCAUAAAUGGACAUUUUUUUAAAAAAAAAAACACAACAGUUUGCAUUCUUUCAAGGUUUCCUUCAUGUUAUAAAAUGUCGGGUAUAUUCUGCAACAUUUUUGUAUGCUGUGAGUUGGUCAUUUAAAAUUGUGUAAUCGGGGUUUUUAAAUAAUUGUCAAUAUUUAUUUGCUACAUACUUUCCCUACUGAGUUUUGUGUGCCGAAUAUAUUGUCAUUUGUUCAGUUAUAUUCAGCAGUCUCAUGUGUCAAGUUGCAAAAACAAUUUGGUCUGUCAUACCUAAUC